UCUUGUGCAUUAGAGCUAAUCAUGAAGGGCUAUUGCUCUCUUCUAGGGACCUUUCUAUGCAUCAAUUUGCCUCAGAUCCCCAGAGUCCAAAAAACAUUUUCUCCAUUAGCAGAUGAUGUAAACACACAAACUGCAGCAUGUACACCCACACUCAUAGAUGCCACACACUGCAUCAUCAAGUCCGGAAGCAGCAGAUGAUGGAGAUGUGGAGUGGGAAGGAGGUGAGGAUGACGACCAUGCACAUCUAAAUCAGUGUGUGCUCAGCUGAUUGCUCUUUGGGUUCUGCUUUGCUCCAGGGGAUGUGUCUGCCCAGUACCCAGUCAGUGUUUGUGUGUGAAGGUCAUACUUCUGAGCAUCAGUCUCUCAGCUGUUGAUCAUGAAUAAACCUCAGGUGAAAGAGAUGCACACUUUUGGGGAGCAGGAGACCUGUAACCAGUCGAGUCCCAGCAAGAAACCUACACUGCCAAAGCCUCAGAAUGCCAUCACUAUCGCCGUGUCCUCCCGUGCUCUCUUCAAUAUGGAUCGAGAGCAGGACAUUUAUGAGCAGCAGGGAAUGGAGGAUUACCUGAAAUAUCAGAUCCAACAUGAGAUCGAGCCAUUCGCACCCGGACCUGCAUUCCCCUUCAUUAAGGCAGUGGAGGCAGUGAACACUCGACUCAGGGAGCUGUAUCCAGACAGUGAAGAGCUCUUCGAUGUGGUUCUGAUGACCAGCAAUCAUGCUCAUGUGGGACUUCGGCUCAUAAAUUCAAUUAACUAUUACCAGCUAUUUAUAGAGCGCUUUUGUAUGACUGGAGGCAACAGUCUUAUUGGGUAUCUGAAAGCCUACCACGCCAACCUUUAUCUGUCAGCUGAUUCACUGAAAGUUAGAGAAGCCAUUGAUGAAGGAAUCGCAGCAGCAACUGUAUUCUCACCUGGAAAAAUCACAGAGUUGUCGGAGACUCAGCUGCGAGUGGCCUUUGAUGGAGAUGCCGUUCUCUUUUCAGAUGAGUCAGAGAUAAUCUACAAAGCCCACGGACUGGACAAGUUCUAUGAGCAUGAGAAAGCCCAUGAAAAUAAACCUCUUGAUCAUGGACCACUUAAAGGGUUCUUGGAGGCUCUAGGGAAGCUGCAACAGAAAUUCUAUGCCAAAGGUCAGCGCCUGGACUGUCCCAUCCGCACCUAUUUGGUAACAGCUCGCAGUGCAGCCAGUUCAGGCACCCGGGCCCUCAAGACCUUACGUUCCUGGGGUCUAGAGACAGAUGAGGCCCUCUUCCUAGCAGGAGCCCCUAAAGGCCCCAUGCUGGAAAAGAUCAGACCUCACAUCUUUUUCGAUGAUCAAAUGUUCCACGUGGAGGGAGCAACAGAACUUGGGACUGUGGCGGCUCAUGUUCCCUAUGGAAUUUCCCAGAAGAUUCAAUCAAAGACAGCGAGGGAUGUAAAAAAAGACAUGCCAGCCAAGCAGCUAGAGUGAAUCUGCUCUCUUCAUCCUGGCUGUGAUGGGUUUAAAUUAGGUUUUAAAUGGAUGAUUCACCCCAAAAUUAAAAAUCUCUCAUCAUUUACUCCUAGAUUUACACAUCUAACCUGUGUGAGUUUAUUUCUUAUUCAGAAGAAUGUUAGUAACCAAACUGAGCCGACGGUAGCCAUUGACUUUCAUAGUAUGGAAAAAAUAAAAGUACUAUGGAAGUCAGUGGCUACCAGCCAUUUUUGAGUUUCUCUGUGAUUGGUUACUUUCCAAAAGUAAGUAAAUAAAGUGUUAAAAUGGCUACUCUGUGAGUUUUGCUUUUCCAGCUUCCAAAAGUGGACCCUUUGCACUGAACAUCAUAGUUUUAAAGUUGUUUACUAAGUUAUAUCAAGCCAUAAAUAAACAGAGAAAGAAAACUAGGCAAGAAGUGGUAUUAUACCGUUGAGUUAAAUUGUUACACUUUCUGUUCUAAUGUAAUAGCAAAUGUUAUUUAUUUUAUUAUGCCAGAGUCUAGCUAAAGCUAUAAAUGCACCAAAUGCGUGUUGGAUAUCAUAAAUAUAACCUUUAGCCAUGCAUAUUUUCAGCUUUUAUACUGUAAUGGUCUGGUUUUGAAUCACCAUCUGUUAUUGUUUACUGUAAAGGGCUGUUUUACACUCUGUAUUGAAACCUUUAUGUGUGCACAUCUGUUUUUACAGUGUUUAAAUCCAUCAGUGUUACUAUGGACAGAUUUGGUUCAUUUGUUCAUGAAAUCCGGUGUGUUACUCAGGACAUGCUCAAGUCAGUGUUUGCACUAAACACCAUAAUAAACAGUGAAGAGGAAAUAAAUGGUCAAAAAU